ACUUGUCGAUUGUCCUGCAGAAUAUGCAAAUGAUCUCCAAACGUAUAUGUAUACGUUCAAUAAACAUCCUGAAAAUGACUACAAGAAACAGAUUGAUCAACAGAAGCUUUGUGGAGAAUCAUUCACUGUACCGGUAUAUAAAAUGUAUUCAAAACCAACAGAUGCACCUGCAAACACUGAUUCAGAAGAUCCUUCAUCCCCUUCAAUAGACGUAUUUGAUUAUGUCUGGAAUUGGUUUUGGAGUCUGUUAGACAAUUGA